AUGGGAAACCAAGCUCAACCGACACUUUCUAUGGUUGAAGUUUCAUACCAAGUUUCCAUUAAAAUUUCAUCGUGGGGUUUGGAUUACGUGGUGAUUACAAGCGUGGACCGGGAUGGUUUGGCUGAUCAAGGAAGUGGGCAUUUUGCGGAAAAGGUUGAGAAGUUGAAAACUUUGAAGCCUAAAAUGCUUAUAGAAGCCUUGGUUCCUGAUUUCCGGGGAGAUGCCGGCUGUGUAGAGAAAGUUACAAAAUCUGGGUUGGAUGUCUUUGCUCACAAUAUUGAGACUGUUGAAGAACUUCAAAGGGAUGUACGUGAUGACCGAGCUAAUUUUAAGCAAUCAUUGGAUGUUCUAAUGAUGGCCAAAGAGUAUGCUCCUGCUGGAACACUUACCAAGACUUCAAUAAUGUUAGGAUGUGGAGAAACGCCUAAUCAAGUUGUGAAAACAAUGGAGAAGGUUCGAGCAGCAGGUGUUGAUGUGAUGACAUUCGGUCUGUAUUUGAGACCAUCAAAGCGCCACAUGCCCGUAUUAGAAUACAUUACACCUGAAGCCUUUGAGAAAUAUAGAGCCCUUGGCAUGGAAAUGGGUUUUGACAAACAAACGUGGUUGAACUCAACCAGCUUAUCGUUCUCAUGGUUCAUGAAUUACGGGUUUAACAAAACGGCGGUAGCAUGGGAUCGUGGAGAGCGUAAGGGAAGGUGUUGA